ACAAAUAUUGAACUCAACAUGGCGAAAUGCAGGGCCGCCAUUGCUGCUCUUAGGGGACUGUUCUUCAAGCUUCUUCAGUAAGUCCGGGCCUUUAGAAAAAUGAUACGAUACGAUUUCACCUCUAAGCUCUUCUUUUUGCUCGAUUUCUGCAAAUCAAUCCACCAAAUCAAACAAACCCAUGCUCAACUGAUCACUACUGGUCUUGUUCUACACCCAAUUGCCACUAAUAAACUCCUCAAACUUCUUUCCUUCUCAAGAUUUGCUUCCAUUUCUUAUGCCCAAAUGGUGUUCGAUCAUUUUCCCCAACCAGAUCUCUUCCUCUACAACACCAUCAUCAAAGCCCACGCGAUUUCAGCCACUUCCUCUGCAGAUUCCUUCACGAGGUUUCGUUCUCUGAUCCGCGAUGGAAGGUUAGUGCCCAAUCAGUAUUCUUUUGCAUUUGCCUUCAAGGGGUGUGGCAAUGCUGUUGGGGUUUUGGAAGGGGAGCAAGUUCGUGUUCAUGCUGUUAAACUUGGUUUGGAGAAUAAUUUGUUUGUGAUGAAUGCGUUGAUUGGGAUGUAUGUGAAUUUGGGGUUUGUUGGGUAUGCUAGAAAGGUGUUUGAUUGGAGCACAAUUAGAGAUAUGUACUCGUGGAAUAUCAUGCUUAGUGGGUAUGCGAAAUUGGGGAAAAUGGAUGAUGCUCGGGAACUGUUUGAUGAAAUGCCUGAAAGAGAUGUUGUGUCGUGGACAACAAUGAUUGCUGGAUGUGUCCAGGUUGGUCAUUUCAUGGAGGCUUUGGAUAUCUUCCACAAGAUGCUGCAAAAAGGGGUGAACCCAAAUGAGUACACACUGGCCAGUGCCCUUGCAGCCUGUGCUAAUCUUGUGGCGUUGGACCAAGGAAGAUGGAUGCAUGUCUAUAUUCGAAAGAAUGAGAUACCGUUGAAUGAUCGGUUGCUAGCCGGACUCAUUGACAUGUAUGUAAAAUGUGGAGAGUUAGAGUUUGCCUCGAAGCUUUUCAACAGUGAACGGAUGUCGAUUCGGAAGGUUUGGCCUUGGAAUGCCAUGAUUGGUGGGUUUGCAAUGCAUGGGAAAUCUAAGGAAGCAAUUGAGGUUUUUGAACAAAUGAAGGUAGAAAAAGUUUCUCCCAACAAAGUUACAUUUGUUGCUUUGUUAAAUGCUUGCAGUCAUGGCAAUAGAGUUGAAGAAGGAAGACGCUAUUUUAAAUCAAUGGCUGGUCGCUAUGGAGUCGAGCCUGAGUUAGAGCAUUAUGGAUGCAUGGUGGAUCUACUGGGACGUUCGGGACGCUUGAAGGAAGCCGAAGAGAUCAUAUCAAGUAUGCCUAUGACACCAGAUGUAGCUAUCUGGGGCGCAUUGCUUAGUGCUUGCAAAACCCAUAAGGAUAUUGAAAUGGGAGAGAGAAUUGGGAAAAUUGUUAGAGAGCUGGAUUCUGACCAUCUGGGUUGCCAUGUUUUAUUAGCAAAUAUGUAUUCCUUGACUGGGAAUUGGAAUGAAGCCAGGACAUUAAGGGAGAAGAUUGCAGUAAGUGGGAAAAAGAAGACUCCUGGUUGCAGCUCCAUCGAGUUGAACGGGACGUUCCAUCAAUUUCUCGUAGGUGAUCGGUCCCAUCCUCAAACUAAAGAGCUGUAUAUGUUCUUGGAUGAGAUGACCACCAAGUUGAAGAUGGCUGGUUACAUCCCUGAAUCCGGAGAAGUUUUGCUGGAUAUCGAUGACAAUGAGGACAGAGAAACAGCUCUGUUGAAGCACAGUGAGAAGUUGGCUAUUGCCUUUGGGUUGAUGAACACCGCACCUAAAACUCCAAUUCGCAUUGUGAAGAACUUGAGAGUAUGUGGAGAUUGUCAUCUAGCUAUAAAGUUCAUUUCCAAGGUAUACGAUAGGGAGAUUGUUGUAAGGGACAGAAUUAGAUAUCACCACUUUAAAGAUGGAGCUUGUUCGUGCAACGAUUACUGGUAGCGUUUGUUGUUUAUCUGCUAAUCUGCAUAGCUACACCUUCAAACUCUGGUGAUCUGGACUGUUUUCCUCUCGACGAUGAAGCUUAUCCCCCAUCGUCUCACUGGUCGACCUUAACCCCGAUUAUUUUGAGAUCUUAUUUAGUAUUCAGAAUUUGUCUCGAUUUAGAACCACUCUCGCGGCCCACACCAAAACCGUGCUUUACCCCUAGAUGUCCAGUCAACUGCUGCCAUUUCCCUCUUUCUUGGGGAUCAAACUCCAGGGAAAGCCUUCAUCGUUCAGGUACAUAAACUCUCAACUUCAUUGCCAAUAUUUGAAUAGAAAGUCAUUUUUCAUAUUUGUUCAUGUGAAUUAGCUUAGCAUUUAAAGGAUCAAGCAUAGUUAGCAGAUUUCUGCUACCUCUUUGAGAUCACAUGAUAAGAUUUUUCAGUAUUCAUCAUCGCUUCAUCCUGUUGCCUUCUCUUCUCUUGCUGCGAAUUUCAUCUUUUUUUCAUGGCUGUACAAGUUGUUGAGGGAGCUUGAAUGUAACGCCCGCUCAUCGGGAAGCCCGUUUCACUGUCGUUAUUGUUUUAUGUUUAAACCACCAUCAUUAAGUUUCAAAAUAAGACAAAACUAGAUGAGUAUAGCUGACAACUUCAAAAUCAUUCUAGUAUAUCUUACGUCUUACAUGCAAUAGGUUGUUCAUAGUUUAUGUUUAAACCACCUCUGAUGACUCUGUUUAUGCUUAUUACAAAUUUUGGACUCGUAUGUAUGACUCGCUCUUGAUUAAAUACGACAUGUCUACUAAACUCUCUGAAGAAGCACACAACUCGACAUCUUCUUAUUCUACCAUUAAUAUCUCAAGUCUAAGACAAUGCAUCAAACAAAUCCCUUCAUAUCCACCGCCUGAAAACAUUUAAGGUAUUAUAUCCUACGAAAAGGUUGAGUUCAAAUCUUCCCUUGGUCUCUACUCCUCCCUCAUCCUAUUUAAAUAGAAUUAUGACAAAACGUUUUUUUUUAUGAAAGAACUUGAUCAACCUGUUCUCUUACAGUUGUGAACGUAUGGACUAGUUUGCAUGCAAUUCGACCAUCAUUAUGGCACAAAUCGAAUGGUAUUCACUAGCGCCUCACCCUAUGGUUGAAAGGAAGUAUUCCUUUUACUCCAUCCACUUUUCUACUUUUACGCAAUUGUGAUAAAGGUGAUAAAUUGUACCUUCGUUGUUGAGUUUUAUCACAUAAUAAGUUUGGGUUGUUUAGUAAAGUUCAUUUUAAGAAAUUGAGACCAUUCCUAAUUCCAUUACUCUUAUUACUCUU